CCGCCUUGGUCCGACACGUGGAUUUGAUUCCGCAAUUCUCCGUGACUUCGGCUAUCAGCUUUCGUGGCCACCGGGGCCUCCAAAGGCGCUGGCUGACUCGAUAGCGACUGCAACGUCCAUAGAGCAUCGGACAGCCAAUAUGAAGCUGCGUCAAGCGCGCCUGUAUCUCGUACUGCGAGAACGUCAAGUGAUUCAGGGCAGACGGCUGUCAUCGAUGCGAGCAUCCGUUCAGUCACCUCGAGAACUGUAUGACCACCUAUCGCAAUAUGUUGUAGGGCAAGAUCAGCCAAAGAAGACCUUAUCUGUUGCCGUGUACAAUCACUAUCAACGGGUUAAACCUCGCCUAGAACGACCUCCACCCGUACAACCCGAUCCACCUAUCCCAUCUGCUGGUCCAUCUAGACCCGGUCCAUCACGCGAUAGAGACCCCUCCGACUAUCGAACCACCUACUAUGAUCCAACACUCGCAUCUUCCCGUAGCAUGGACCAAGAUCCUACCAUCACGCACGAGCUUACAUCGAGAUCACGAGAACGGGAUUGGGCUCGAGGAGAUCAUUUCUUCACCUCUGGAACGCUUUUGAAUAAAGAUAUCAAACGUUCUCAAGUUGCAGACGAAGAUGCCAUACCAUAUGCUCAUGGCUUCGGGAAGCGAUCAUACCGAGACCGAGAGGAUGAAUUCGACAGGCGAUCCCGAAAUCGACUCUCAGAAUCUAGCUUUGAUGCAAGCCGGAAGAUGAAGAUGCGAGCGCCAAAUGUUGAAGAAGUACCUCCUGCAUCACCGGUCACACCGCCCGUGGCUCAAGCUCAGACGGACACGGGCGAUUCGGCCAGGGAUGCAGACAUGAAGGACAAAGGGAUAGAGAUUGAGAAGAGCAACGUCUUGAUGAUUGGUCCAACGGGUACGGGCAAAACCCUGCUCACAAAGACGUUGGCGAGGUUCCUGGAUGUCCCUUUUGCUUCAUGUGACGCCACGACAUACACCUCUGCAGGAUAUGUUGGGGACGACGUUGAGAGCUGUGUGCUUCGUCUGCUCCAAGCAGCAGACUACGACGUAGCACGGGCAGAGGUCGGCAUCAUCCACAUUGAUGAAAUUGACAAGCUCGCUCGACGAAGUGCCGGAGAUGGAUUUGCCACGUGGGGAGGUGGUCGUGACGUUGGUGGAGAAGGUGUACAACAGGCAUUCCUGAGGUUGCUCGAAGGCACAAUGGUCACUGUAUCCGCCAAGCACCCUCAAAUAUCGUCGAGCGGUCUACCGCCUGGACCUUCGCGAGAUCCUCUGGGCGAAAUGGAUCAAAAUCGCCCGCAGAAUCAGAAAAAGGGUGUUAGGGACGGAUUGCCAGGUUUCGGAUCGAGCAGCAAAGGCGAGACAUUCAUAGUGGAUACGACCAACAUUCUGUUCAUCUGCUCUGGAGCUUUCGUAGGGCUGGACCACCUAGUCACCUCCAGACAGGGCAAAGGGUCGAUCGGUUUCGGAGCCAAACUUCCCACAAAGAGAUCCGAGGGGUCUACCACAGCUUCGCUCAAAGGCCUGUUGACAAGUGAUCUGACCUCAUACGGUCUGAUACCUGAAUUUCUCGGACGUCUACCCAUCAUUUCGACGCUUCACCCGUUAUCCAAUUCUGAUCUCGUUCGAAUCUUGACGGAACCGAAGAAUGCCCUUCUCAAGCAGUACCAAGCGAUCUUUGAAUCUUACGGUGCGGAGUUGAAAUUCACACGCAAGGGCAUAGAGGCGGUCGCUGCGGAGGGAUCGAAACGAGGAGGUGGCGCUCGAGGUUUGAGAGGCGUGCUAGAAGAGAUCCUAGGUGACGCAAUGUUCGAGGUACCCGGGACUAGCGUGAGAUACUGCCUCGUCACUGAGAGCGUGGUUCAGAAACGUGAAGACGUGCUGUAUUUCUCGAGAGGUCAAAAGUUUGUCAUGGAGCGCAGGAUGGACGAGGAUGAUGGAUCGACAGUCACUGCAGAGGACUUUGAUGAUGACGCAGUCGGUAUCAGGGCCACGGGAUAGAGCGAAGUGAGGUGAGAUAAGGUUUAUUGCAUGUCAUUUGAAUGAUAGUUGUAGAGUUGUAUGCAUUUUUCAACGAGGCU